AUGGCUGCCGCCGCUACAAUUCCUGUUUCUCUCGCCGGUGGGAAUCGUACUAAGAUCACCAACUUUUCAGCUGUAAACUCGGGUGCCUUUGGUAAUGCACGGCAAUUAACGUUACGAAGCAAGACUCAGUCUCCAUUGCGUAUUCAUGCUAAGUACAAUGACCGUAGCAGCGGAAGUGGUGCUGAAUUCGUAGCUGGUUUCCUUUUCGGAGGUGCAGUAUUUGGAACACUUGCAUGCAUGUUUGCUCCACAGAUUCGAAGAACUCUGCUCAAUGAAGAUGAAUAUGGCUUCAAGAGGGCAAAAGGACCAAUUUACUAUGAUGACGGUUUCGAGAUAAACAGGCACACACUGUAUGAAAAAAUCAGCCAACUCAACUCGGCCAUUGAGAAAAUAUCAUCCCGGUUGAGAGGUGGAAUUAAUCUGCCCCAGGUGCCCGUUCGCACUGAUGCUGAAGAAGCUGCUCCAUAA